AUGGAACCGGAGCCGACCCUUGCCUCUCUCCUUGAGGCUAUCCAAACCCUCACCAGCCAAGUCGGGUCCUUGCAGGCCCAAAUCCACACUCAAGGCCAACAGCUCUCUGAGCUCAAGGCCAUAUGCAAGGAGACCAACAACCUCGUUGGAGACAAGGACCAGGGCGGAGCCCAAACCAAGCCUGGCCCAUCGACUGGGCCUGUCACUCCCCCCACACAUACAGGGGGAGAAGCCCACACUCCAGGCACGGUUAGGCCUGGACUCAAAGCCCCAUUCCGGCCUUCCAGAGGAACCGGGUUUGACUCAGAGGAAGAGGAAGAACCAAGGCGCCCCAAAAAGGAGCCUCAAGGAACGCCUAGGAGGCAUCUAGGGUCCCUAACCCCCUUUGACGCAGGGUCCAGCGUAAAACGGCCUAAAAUGGAUCUCCCUGACCCAUAUAAGGGAGACACCAGGGGCCGCAAAGCCACCCAAUGGCUGGACAGAAUGAUGCUCUGGGUAGCCCUCCACCGGGACCAAUUCGACGAGGAGGAGCAGAUGGUCGUGUGGAUCCUCUACCACAUGACCGAUAAGGCCGCAGAUUGGGCGCUCCCCAUCAUUGGGGCAAUCAUCAAGGGAGAAGGGAACCCUCCUACCACCAUCCAGGCCCUAACGGGCAAAUUCAAGGAGGCAUUUGCCGAUCCAGAUGCCAAGAGGGCCGCCGCCAGGAAAAUUGCGGCACUCUCCCAAACCACCACAACCUCCGAGUACGUCACGGAGUUCCGCAACCUCAUGGCGGAAUUAGACUGGAACGAGGAAGCCUACAUUGCGCAGUUCACGCGAGGCCUCCACUGGAAGGUGAAGGAAUUGCUAUCCACCAAAGAUAGCGUUCCUGACAAACUCGAAGCAAUUUUUGCGGCUUCCAUAAAAAUUGACAACAUUUGCCGCGAAAACGAGGAGAACCGCCCGAAGAAGGCACCCGCCAGGUCCCCGGCCACCGUGGCCACUACCUCCACUACCACCACACAACGGGUCCGCCUAUCGGAAGACCCUAAUUACGUCACCCCGGAGGAGAGGGACCGCCGCCGCGCGUCUGGCCUUUGUGUCAAGUGUGGUCAAAAAAGGCAUGGCAUCAAACAAUGCCCCAACGGCUGGAAGGCCACGACCAAGGAGACCGCCAAGAUAGGGGAAGUUGUGGAGUCGGAAAAAGAGUAA